CCAGACAGAACUAUAUUUUAACCGCGGGUGGAUAUUGUCUGGUAUGUUAGUACAACGGCAAAUAUGUGGUCGAGUGGAGGUUGAGUGCGGGUUGUUUUUUUAUUAAUUGCGAUGAAAAUACAGCAAUGUUGAUGGUUUUUGGGUCCAUUUCACGUUGUAUUGAUUACACAGCUUGUGAAACAGAACUGCAGCGGUCGCGAUAAUUGACGUUUCGUUAGUUCAUCGCUUCUCUAAGCGAUGUCAUCUAUGCUCCCUUUUACUCCUCCAAUUGUGAAAAGACUUCUAGGUUGGAAGAAAUCUGAAGGAGAAGACAAGUGGUGUGAAAAAGCUGUCAAAAGUUUAGUGAAGAAAUUAAAGAAGACAGGAGGGCUGGAUGAGUUAGAAAAAGCGAUCACCACUCAAGACCCUAGCACAAAGUGUAUUACCAUUCCGAGAUCCCUUGACGGGCGUCUUCAAGUAUCUCACCGUAAGGGAUUGCCUCACGUCAUCUACUGUAGAUUGUGGAGGUGGCCUGAGUUGCAGUCUCACCACGAACUUCGGGCUAUCGAAGCUUGCGAAUUCGCUUUCAAUCUCAAGCGGGACGAAGUGUGCGUCAACCCCUACCACUACCAACGUAUUGAAACUCCAGCGUUACCAGCCAUUUUGGUCCCACGGCAUUCAAGUGGAGUUGUUGGAGAGGACGCAUCACCUGGAGCAUCUUACGGUAGUGGAAGUGCUGGACCCUGUCCUCCAGCAGAACUGAGUCAGACAUCAGUACCAGAGAACACCACGUCUUUCAGUGGUGUACCUAGUGCAGGCCAUCAACAUCAUCACCACAACUCUCAUCCUCUGGGUGGAGGUGGACCUUUGGACACUGGUGGUGGAGGAGGGGGAGGAGGCAGUGGCGGUGGAGGUGGUACAGGAGGAGGAGGUGGAGGUGGUAGCAGUGGAGGAGGACAAGUUGCACCAUCGUUGCCAGCAACGGAGACACCACCGCCUGGUUAUAUGUCCGAAGAUGGGGACCCUGUUGAUCAUAAUGACAAUAUGAGUUUGUCUCGACUUACUCCAUCUCCUCCAAUUGAUGCUCAACCAGUCAUGUAUUGUGAACCAGCAUUUUGGUGUUCCAUUAGCUAUUAUGAGCUCAAUACCCGUGUUGGAGAGACUUUUCAUGCCUCCCAACCUUCUAUUACUGUGGAUGGCUUUACAGAUCCAAGUAAUUCAGAAAGAUUUUGCCUUGGAUUGCUAUCAAAUGUCAAUAGAAACACUGUAGUGGAACAAACAAGAAGACACAUUGGGAAGGGCGUUAGAUUGUACUAUAUUGGUGGUGAAGUAUUUGCAGAAUGCCUUAGCGACUCCUCAAUUUUUGUGCAGUCUCCAAAUUGCAAUCAGCGGUAUGGUUGGCACCCUGCUACUGUUUGUAAAAUACCACCUGGAUGCAAUUUGAAGAUUUUCAACAAUCAAGAAUUUGCUGCUUUGCUGUCCCAGUCAGUGUCCCAAGGCUUUGAGGCAGUCUUCCAGCUGACACGCAUGUGUACUAUAAGAAUGAGUUUUGUUAAAGGCUGGGGUGCUGAAUACAGGAGACAAACAGUUACCUCUACACCAUGUUGGAUUGAGUUACACUUAAACGGCCCUUUGCAGUGGUUGGAUCGUGUGCUUACGCAAAUGGGUACGCCACGUUUACCCUGUAGUUCAAUGUCAUGAACAAUGAGUGGUGUGUUGUCUACAUGUGGAGAUAAUAUGUUGCCAUGGUUUGGAAAUCAAGACUUAACUAUCUUUUUGAAACUACACUUUUGGUUUUGACAUGGCGAAACAGUGCUCAUCUUUUGUGCAGCCAUGUGGUUUGUAUUUUUGAUGGUUUUCUGUCUUCCUUGCAGAAGCCAUCAGAAAUAUAAUUUACUGAACUAUUAAUUUGGACAUUGCAUAGCCAGUGAAAUGUGGUAUGCAAGUUCGUGGUGUUAUGUUUUAGUACUUUUUGUUGUUGUUGUUAUUGUUGAAAGGAGUGACUAAUUCUUAUAUGAAUGGUUAAUGCCUUUGUUCAGACAGUAAAGCAGAGUUUUUCCCAGUGGAAAUUGUGCAUUAUUGGACUGCGAUAUUGCCACAACAUGCUCAAAAUAGGCAAGUUAAUUUUAUUUGCCUUAAUAUUGUGUUGUUGGUCAAUUUUACACUGGAAAUUGUGGUGAAAAUUACUGCCUACCUACCUUCUCAUAAGAGCCUGUUUUAUUUAUGGCCAUAUGCUAUCUCACAAAUUCUGUAAUUUGAUUUUUAUAGGACUACUAUGAAACUGUUUGAUUCCAAAUAAAAUACUACACAUAUUCUUUGGUGAGGUCUUAUUUAGUGCUUUCAGUAAUAAUAAAAACAAAAUUGGGCUUGCCUCACUGAAUGUCUGUUGUAUUUUAUGAGUGUCUCUUGGAGAAUCACUGUUAAUCAAAUACUGGAAAUGUGUGAGAAAUACACACGUAAGACAAUAUUGUUGAUGUGGCUGUAAUUGCUUUAAAAUAUUCCACUUUGAAUUGUAUGUAUAAUUUUUCUGACAAAUUAUGUUGCACCUACAAUUUACAUCAGAAUGUGAAUGCCCCUGUAUUACUACACUGUGUUUGCAGUACAUUUCUGUACAUAACAUACAACACAUCAUUAUGCUUGAAAUUGCCUAUUGUCUGUAGGUGAGAGUAGCUUCACUCUAUUUUUAUUAUAGCUUGCUUCUCAUUGUACACAUAUUUGUCAAAAUGUACAUGAACUCUUCUAAGCUUUAAACAUAAUCAAUGUCUCUUGAGUAAGCUGCUGCUUCAUGAAGCCUAUGGACAAUCAACACACAUUCUGCAGCGAUGUCAGCAUUGGAUAUUUUGUUUUGUACUGUGGAACCAAUUUUUUGUGUAGCCUUGAUUUUCAAUGUGAUUUGUUUUAGCCUGUGCGAAUGAUAUACAAAUUAAAUGAAAUUGUAGUGUUGUGAUAUAUUGGGAAAUUUUAAGAAUAUCAGUCUUGGUGUGUACUAAUGGCUCACAGGUUCUUUUUGUGUAGUAUUACAAUAGCUUGCAGAUUUCACCCAAAUUUUAUCAAUUCAUGACAUCAUUUUUAAUUGAAAAUUUGUGAUUUUAGUCACUACAGAAGUGUAGGAAAUGACAGUUGACAACUGAAGAAAUGAGCAUUGUUGUAUGUUUUAAAAAUAAAACUUCCAUGAAGGGAAGAUUUGAAAUUAACUUACAAUAAUUUAACAGAAGGUAUUGAAUUAUAGUUUAGGAAAGGAAAUGGCACUGAAAGCACUUCAUGAAGUCUUGUGUGUUUGCUCACUUUAGGCAAGUAAUUAUAUCAUGAUGUAGAUCAAAUUUGUGUUACCUACUUUUAAUAAAAUGCGUAGACUAUGGAAAAUUAUAUUAAUUAUACAUGUGUUAUCUAGUUUUACUGAAGAAUAAUUUUUUCAUUUUGCCAAAGGAAAAAUACUGUAUUUUGACUUUUUUUAAGUCUUAUUUAUAUUUUCAAUAAUAACCCAAUAUUUUAUACAACUAUUCUUUAAGUGAGAACAGUUCUCAUUGGGAGAGUCCAGCUUUAUUGCAAUAUUUAGUACAUUUGCAUGUAGGAUAAUGAAAGCUUUUGUCUUUCCAGUUUGUGCUUCUGUUGCAAUUCGUUUUAGCCUUACAUUUUCCUUGAUUUGUUGGAUUUAGUCUUUUUAAGAUUGGGGUUAUCAUUGGCGUGUGUGCAUAAUAUUGAUUUGCUGGGUCUAUAUGACCUUACAGUAAUGAGGAAGAGCUAUUUAUAUAUAAUGAUUUGUUUGCUUGUUGUAUAUAAGAAUAUUUGGCAAUAUGAUGUGUAUUGCUAAUUACACCGGCCUGCAUUUCAAACUUUUUGUCAGAUGGUUUUUUAAAAAUAAAUGUCCUUAAAUCAAUUUUUAUGCUGAUAUCCUUUCUUAUCUAUCACAACAGGUUUUUAUACAAAAUAAGUUAAUGAUUUAUAGAUUAUAAUUUGCCCCCAACUAUUACCUCAUUUUAAAAAGGCAGUAAAGACUUGCUAUGAAAAUUGUCAAUCCCCCAGUGAAAUAAUAAACUUGGUUUAUUUUACUUUCCUUAUUUUUUCUCUCUCAACAAAUGAAGAUCACAUUCAAUAUCAAACAAAAAUUCAAUUUUAUGCUCAUUAUAUAUCCUUAUCACAUUCUAUUCUCCUUGUUUCAUUGUUUACCUUAUUUUCCAAUAAAUUUCUGAAUUUUCUUGUGAAGUAUAGGAGUUAAAAUUAUGCAUUUUUAAUCCAAAGUUACAACUUGUUUUCUAAUACAAAUUUAAAUUUUCUUAUAAUUCAAAAGUUUGCAGUUUCUUUCAUUCUCUAUAAAAUAUUCAGUGAGGGAUAUUAAAGGAGUCAGUGUCUUUUUGUUCCCCAAAAUAUUUGUCCUUCAAACAUUUCUAAAUUUGAGGUCUAGCAAAAAUUAUAGCUUUAGAUUUUUUGCAUGAUGAAAUUUCAUUGAGAGGUUCUUGAUGUGUGGUCUUUUUUGUGGUUGAGCACUGAUAAACCACUUCAAGUCAGUUUGAUGUACAAGCAGUUAACUCUAGAUUGCCCCAUGCACACAUUUUUUCCUUGGCCAAAUCUUCAUCUUCCAAUACCUUCCCUUAGUCCUGUUGUCUGAUUCACUAAGAAAGUAAAGCUUUUAUUAUAUCCUAUGUCUUGGUCCUGUAGCAUUCCUGUAACUAUGAUGUCAUAAAUAAGCAAUAUUUGUUCAUACUGGAUACUGCUAGCAUACUUUUUAUGUUCUCAAUUCUUGAUAGGUCAAUCAAGAACACUUAAACCACAGCAUUUGUAUUGUUCUGAGUUCAUACAGGUCUCAGUUGUCAUGUUCCCCUCUAAUCACUCAUUAUAUACACACAUAUGAUGUUCUCUGCUAUAUCUAAUUGAAUACAACUUAUUCUAUUGUGGAAAACUGUAUGUGAUGGAAGAACAUUAAAAACAAUUCUGAUUUCAGCAUAAAAAAGGAACUAAUUGCGCAUAUUUGUCAUAAUCAUCUGAUAUUGUGCAGACCAGUGUUAUAAGUCAAACAGUAAGGUUCCUAUUUUUGUAAGAGCAGACGCUGCUCCUUCUUUUGCUUGUUUUUCUGUUUUUAAGGAUAUAAAUCGAUAUUGCUUGCUUAGAUAUUAAAUGGGUAAGAGGAGGAGAUGCAGCGAGUAAAAGGUUUGUUUUAAUUUAUUUACUUGUAUCUUUUGAAAUGCUCAUGUGAAGCCAUUUUAUUUCACAGAAAGAACUAAUUUGUCAAAGAAAGCAACAAAGUGAUUUUUUAUUUUUAAUUAUAAAAAAUUAAACUGAAUUAAUAGUAAAGUAAGAAAUGAUAUAAAUUUUCUGUGAAAAUUACUUUAAAACAUAAGUUUAGAUGUAUGCAAGGCUUCUGGUUUCUUUCUGAUAAUCAGACUUCUGAUUAAUGGUGGAAAAGUGUAUGGUCAGUGCUGUGAAUUAUCGGAAUUUUUGUGUAUAAAGUCUAAUACAGAAUGUGAAUUGGAUCAAUAAUAUUUAAUAAUGGAAUUAGGGAACCAGGAACAAGCCUCAUGCCGUUUAUACUGCAGUACAUCAUGAUGAUGAUAUUGGAAUUAGAAAUUUACUUGCUAAUAGUUGAAAUGACACCCCAAAGAUUAAAUAUUUUGAAUGAGAUCAUCCAGAACCAAAAAUUAUGAUUUUCAGAUUUCUCAUAUACAACAGAUGAUGACCUUUUUGAUAUUAAAAUAUACACAUUGUCCAACUACAUUUAUCUUUUCAAAUUUUUCUAACAAGAUUUACUUAAUUAGAGUAUAAUUUCUUCAAGAUUAAAUUUUGUAGUUCUGCUUGUGUAGUACUAUUAAGAAAUGUAAAUGAAACUAGGAAUUGACUGAGAGAUUACAUGACGUAGAGAUGUAUUAAAUUACCAGGGUUGUUGACAUCAGCUUUAAAUUUCCUUUCACCAAAAAUUCUCUUCUUCCCAGAACUAAAUUUGCUGGUGUGCUGAUGAAAAAAAGCUUGGUCCAAUUAUGGCAAUUAUGACAUACUUUCUGAGUCAUUACAUUAUUAUGACAGCCACGUCAGGUGGAAUCAUUGUGAUUAUGCUAUUGUGUGUAUAAUCUGUGAUUGAAGCAACAUUUUUUGUAUCACUGUGUCAAUAAUAAUUAUAUAUUUUCUUGUCCAAUAAUACAUAUUGUGUGAUGUUCACCUGUAUUAACAAAAGAAAGUGACCUGCAUUCUUUAAUUUAUGAUGCAAGGUUUCUUGAAAAAGUUGGUGUUUGGUCUUUGUCUUAGCACAUUUUCUUUUAGAUUUUCUGAAGAGGUGUUUGUAAUCAACAGUACAAUUCUGAAUUAUUUGAAAUCUCUUCCAGGCCAAAAUCACUUUCUUUACUAGUAUGGGUACAAUACACAGUGAUCUUAUCUUUAUUGUAUGUAUAAAUGUCACAAAAUAUAACUUUUUCUUUAAAUUUUUUUUAUUUUUAUUAUUAAUAAGAGAAUUUUCUUUGAUAAUUUCUAGGCUACCUAAUAUUUUGAGGAAGAGCAUUAUAAUUUCCUUGCAAUGUAUAAACCCUCCAUGAAAACAAAAGACAAGGCAGCAAAAAAAUUAAAAUUGAAACUUUGUGGGAGCAUAUCAUUUAUAGUAUGUGUAACUUCAAAGUUUUUGGACAUUUGAUUCAUUGUUUAUUGCUUUUGUUAUUCUUUCAAAAGCAUCCAUAUCUUUUUUUUUUAUUUGUAAUGUUUAUAGCUUGAUUCAUCUAACAAUUUUUCUGAUCUGAAUUCUGCUGUAUUAUCUGUGAUAUUUUGAAUUGUUAUUGCUUAUUAAUCAAUUGGCAUUCUUUGUAAUAUGUACUGUGUUCUAUUGCCCAAGUUUUUUCAUUGUGUUUCUAUUAAUUUGUGCUUCCAUGAAGUCAGUAGGUGAAUUCCCCAAUAAUAAUUAGAAUGUAGUAAAUGAAGUUUAUUUCGAAAAUGUACUUCAGCCUUCUUAAUGAAGUGCUACGCCGGCGCUAGACAAUUCUGGGCCUGGGGCAAUGCUGAAAUGUAGGCCCCCCCCAUUAAAAUGUGAAUGUAGUAUCAAGAAACUGAGUUAUUUCAUUUAUUUGAACAAAUAACAAAAAUUACAAUGUUUAAACUAGAAAAGAUGGUAGAAAUACUAAUUUUUAAAUAAUAGUUUUAAGUAAAAGUAUUUAGUGAUGAAAUAAUACAAUUUACACAGAUCUUAAAACACCAAAAACAAUUUGUGUUUAGUUAGUGUUUAAUAUAAUCACUUGAUGUUAAAUACAUGAAAUAAUAAAUUUGAAUUUUAGUACUACCUAUUUUAAUGUUAGCAUCAUUUGAUUCAUUUCAUAGUCCUGCAUUAUAAGUAAUGACUAUAAAGAAUUGUGUAAGGUAAAAAUUUAUUGAAUUUUUUAUGAUAUAUCAGAUUACUGUACCCCGACUUACAAAAAUACGAUAAUGAUUUUCUUGAGGGUGGUUGUUGUUUUUUGUUUGUUUUUUUUUUCCUCCAAGUAAAAAAAAAAAUUUUGCCCACCAGUCCUGUCAUUGAGCCCCGGGUGAUUGCCCGAUCUGCCUAUGUCUAGCACCGGCACUGCAUGGGACACCUGUAUUGAAAUAUCAAAGUAUCUAGUAAAUCAAAAUCACAUUUUGUAAAGAUUGUGAAAUUGAAAAACAAAUGUUUUCAAUAUAAUUAGUUAUUCUGAAAUUUUGUGAAUCAAAUGUUAAACAAUGUGCAUGCAGUUAGUGAAAAUGAGUUGGGUACCAUGAAGUUUGCAAACAUGUUGGAGGGAGGAGGCAAAAGGAGAAAAGAAAACUUGCAAUAAAAUACAAUAAAUACAUAUUACGAGGCCAUUUGAUCAUUUUUUCAUAAGUUUUAAAAUAAUAUUUGGCUGUAACAAUUUUAUCAAAGAAGCCAUUCAUCAUCAUUUUCAUUUUAAAAUAAUGUAAUUAGAUUAAUAAAUCUUAUGAUGAUAAUAGUACAGAAAAUUUACCUAUAAAAGAGAAACUUAGAAGUAAAAUUCAGGCUAGUGGAAUAACGUACUUGUGGAGGACCAUGAAUAAGAAAGAUAAAGCAAGGAAUAUGUGAAUUAAAGGGAUGUGGAAAUCACUUCGGUGUGAUUGAAGAAGGAACAAUUAAGAGGGUGUGGUUGUAGUUAUGGGGCUGGAGGGGAAAAGAAAAGAAGAGCAAAGCAACUGGUGGUAAAAUAAUGAGGAAAAGAGGAAGACCAAUAGCAACCUGGAAAGCUGCUAUAUAGAGAAUUAACAGAGAAGGAUGACUUUGAGUGAAAUGUAAUAAUGAAGGGAGUGGAAAAAGUGGAAUGAGGCAUAAAGUCCAGUGAUGAGGUAUUGGGCUAAUGAAGUAUAAGUAUUACAAAUUCCAGUAUUCACUUGACUACCUGCCAUCAACAUGUGUGCAAGAGGAUUGAAAAUGAUUACUUUCUACUGCUGAAUCUUAAUGUCUUCUUACCAAAAAAUAUUUUUUUAAAGAAUUAUGUGACAAAUGAAAAAGAAUAAUAAAUGACAAUUAUAAUAUCUUACAUUUUUUGUUGGUGUUGAUAAAUUUGGAUCCUUUAGGUACUGAAUUAUACUGCAAUGCAGGAAGUCAAGUAUUCUGCUCAUCUUGAAGGAAAUGUCAUCUCUGAGUCAGUCUGCCUUUUCCAUCUAUCUUUUUUUCCUCUGC